AUGUUGCCAGAAAAACCAAGCAGAUUUUUGAAACAGCCUUUACAGGACGGUCUUACCGCUGAGAUACUGGCCUUGGCUUCUGAACACACACAUGUGGCAUCUCUUCUCUCAAAAAUAAAAUCGGACAGUGUGCGAGAGAACUUCAUCGAUCAGCUUUGUCCACUUCAUGCUCCACUCAGACGAAUUAAACUGAAAUUGUUUGGACAUUCACAAACAGGAAAAUCGCGCUUGAUUCAGUCACUCCAUUCCACGCGAGGAAUUACAUCGACAAUCAUCGGUACAGUACAUCUUGUUUUCGUUUCAGGAGCUUACGCCACAUUUCUAAAGAAUUUACCUUCAGAUGCGGUUUCGCGCCGAAUUUCCGACCAUUACAGUCCAAGUAAUACGAUGAAUAAAGGAUGUGGCGAGUUUUCCGUAUGGGAGUUUGGCGGUUAUGAGCCUUACCACAUGGCUUACGAUCAUUUCGUUGGCAACACCGACUGUAUUCAUGUGGUACUGUUCAAAGCCACCGACAGUACGGAAGAACAGUACAAACAGGUUUUGUACUGGAUGAACUUCCUCAAAGGACGAGUCACACCCACUGAGCCUAUCGGACAUUGUGGAAUCAUCUCCCGACGAUCAAAGGUGGUGAUUGUUGGAACGCACGCUACCCCAGCACUUUUCCCAACGAAAAAUUCCGACGGCGAAUUCGAGUCGUCAGACACGGAAGCAAUGUUGAAGACGGUACGGCUCCGUUUCGAGACCCAUUUCGAUAUCUGUGAUAAGCUGCUGCUCCUCGACUCGACGAAUCCAUCUUGUGCUGGAAUGAGGGCGUUGAAGGCUUACCUGAAGGAGACCAGAAGCACCAUCAUUUCGCGUCUGCAAAAACCGAUCGGACUUCUUGACGCCACGAUGCCGUACCUGCAAUCGAUGCGUAAGCAGCACGCCAAUUUCCCGGUAGUUUCGUGGCCGACGUUUGCCUCCAUAGUCCGAACGGACGUAAAUCCGCUCACCGGGGAUGCGCACUGCCGGCAGCUUAUUCAGCAACUCCAGCUGAUUGGAGAGGUGGUAUAUCUGCGGGACGAAACAGCUGAAAUGGACUAUGUUGUGCUGAAUCCAGAAUGGCUUGGUACGCAUAUUAUUGGGCAGCUGCUCAGCGCUGAAUUCCUUUCCAGAUGCCGAAUCAACGGCAUUUACUCCUUGGAGCACUUCGCGCCCAUCUUUCCGGAGAUCCCCGAGCCAACGGAUCUUUUGCGGAUGUUGGACGUACUCCAGCUGUGUGCACCAGCUGAACCGGAUUCCGAAGAGACAUUCGAGUUUCCUGCUUUCAUACUAGCCACCGAAUCACCUGAUGUGUGGACUCGCAACAAAUCCACCUACGUCUAUGGAGGUGAGAGAUCUUCA